CUCAAACCUCAAAUAGAAAUAGUGUUGCCAACAUAUUUACUGUUUUGUUUGGUUAAAAGUUAUAUCUUUUAUUGAAUCAUCGAAAAAAGUGGAAAAUUGUAAAUUAUCCUGGAUUCUUUCAUAAAACCCAGUGUAAUGAUGUGUAUAAUCGUCAAUUAAAAUUAUACAUUACACAAAUUCAUUUUAUUUGGGUAUGAUAAUGGACUCUAGAAAUUCUAAUAAGAAUGGCAGUAUAGACGCUGAAAAGUUGAACUUGAGCUUGGAUAUGAGCGAUGAUAUAAAGCUCGAUGAGGUAAAUUACGAAAGUGACGUGUCUUCAUCAAGUUCAGAAAGCUCAUCAGCUCCAAGCAUAAGCUCAGUGAGCACAAAUUCUUCGAGAAAAGGCCGUCGAUCCCGGCAUAAAAGAGCCCGUUCUAAAGACAAGAGCCCUUCCCCAGUCACGAAAAGACCUCGAUCCAAAGACAACAAAAGUAAGUCCUACGAUUACUUGACCAAGUUGAACUAUUUAUUUCGAGAUACCCGCUUCUUUGUGAUAAAAUCAAAUAAUGCCGAAAACAUAAUCCUUUCAAAAGCUAAAGGAGUCUGGUCAACAUUGCCCCAGAAUGAAGCCAAUUUGAAUAAAGCUUACAGGGAAUCUAGAAAUGUAUUACUUAUUUUCUCAGUGAAAGAGAGUGGUAAAUUUGCUGGAUUUGCCAGAUUACACGGCGAAUCUAGACAUGAUGGCUCUCCAAUAUCUUGGGUUCUUCCUCCAGGCCUGUCAGCAAAAGCCCUGGGCGGAGUAUUCAAAGUGGAUUGGAUUUGCAGGAAGGAGUUAGCUUUCUCAAAUACCAUGCACCUGUAUAAUCCAUGGAAUGAUGGUAAACCAGUCAAAAUAGGCCGAGACGGUCAAGAAAUAGAACCCAGAGUAGCAGAAGAGUUGUGCCGAUUAUUUCCUGAAGAUGAUGGUAUCGAAAUUACCCCCAUCUUGAGAUUGUCUAAGGAAGCCUCUAAGAAGAACAACCUGCGUGGUCGUGACGGUCACAGACAUCCAAAGUCCAGAAUGCCAAUAGCAGCUAGAACAUCAUCUUUCGGGCACAGGGGACGAGGGUCGUCCUACUCAAGAAGAAAGUAUUUUUUAUCAAGAGGACUGACUUCUUCUUCCAGCUCUUACAGGCGUUCAAACUCGCCUAGACCUAGAGACAGAUACUCCAUGUUUUACGAAAGAGACCUGAACAGGCCACCCACUGCGGACGCAGCUGAAGCUUAUGUUGCUAACUAUAUGCGGAGUAUGCAGCAUCAGCUGCCCCCACUGCCGUAUGUUCCUCCCCCGAGUUUGUACGGUGCUUCGCCUUUUGAUGGUCUGCCUCCUCCCCGUUAUUAUGAUGGACUACCCCUACCAGACUAUCCUUCUCCGAGGGUUACUUCGUACUCUGAUAAGCGUUCCUAUGAUCGUUCUGUGGACGAGUUUAUAUGGCGAACGAGUGAGAGGUCCAGGGAAUCCAGAGUUUCCAGGGUCUCCAGAGUGUCUAGAAACAGUAGAAAUAGGAGCAGGAGUCGUCAUCGCUACAGAGAUAGACAUUGAAUGAUUUUCUUUUAUAGGGAAUUUAUCCUAUUGUUUUCUUUUGAUUACUUUUAUUGAAAUCGAUUCGUUUUUCAUGUUAUUUUUAAAGCAUGGUUGUAAAAUUAAUAUUGUGAUGGAUGUAAUUACCAAUAUUUGUCAUUUCUGGUGUAUUUUUCAAACAAUUUUUUUUAAUUAGCUGAAAUUUAAUUGAGUAAUAUGUUACUUUAUUUGUAUAAUAUAUUUCUAUAAUAAAUAAGUCUUCAAAUUUUA